GUUAAUUUUGUCUCGACCGAAAUCCAAGCUAUUUCUCUCCCGUUCACUUAUUUUGAAAGUUGACUCUUUCACAACUCUGGCAACAUCAUGAACAAGCUACAUCUACUAGCAGGUGUUUGCUUUGCCCUGGGCAGCGUGGUCUCCUCUUCUAGACUAGGGUGCUACUUCACCAACUGGUCCCAGUACAGACCUGGUGCUGGAAAGUUCCUUCCUUCUGAUGUAGACCCAAAUCUGUGCACGCACCUGAUUUAUGCCUUUGCUGGUAUGAACAAUGCUAAUGAGCUCGCUACUGUUGAAUGGAAUGACGAGGUGCUCUACAAAUCCUUCAACAAGCUCAAAGAAAGGAAUCCCCUCUUGAAGACACUGUUAGCCGUUGGAGGAUGGAAUUUCGGCACAGCAAAGUUUACAAAGAUGGUGGCGACGCCCGCCAGUAGAGGCACGUUCAUCCAGUCCUCCAUCAGCAUGCUGAGACUACACGGGUUUGACGGACUGGAUCUAGACUGGGAAUACCCUGGAGCGAGGGGAAGCCCCGCGGAGGACAAGCACAGGUUUACACUGCUCUGCAAGGAACUAAUGGAGGCUUAUGAAGCAGAGGCCACAGCCACAGGCCGUCCCAGACUGAUGCUUACUGCUGCUGUAGCUGCUGGGAAAGAUACAAUUGAUGGUGGAUAUGAAAUAGCACAGAUCUCGAAGUACUUGGACUUCAUCAAUCUUAUGACCUAUGACUUUCAUACUAGUGCGGAGAGCAAAGUAGCACAUCAAAGCCCGCUGUACAAGGGGACGCAUGAGACAGGAAAAGCUGCUCAGUUCAACACAGACUUUGCCAUGAAGUACUGGCGGGACCAGGGAGCGCCUGCAGCCAAACUGAAUUUAGGUCUGGCUACCUACGGCCGAGCCUUCCACCUGUCGUCUCCACUCAGUGAGUCCGGAGCCCCAGCCAACGGGCCCGCUGCUGCAGGCCCUUACACAAGAGAGGCUGGCUUCUGGUCUUACUAUGAGAUUUGCACUUUUAUCCAGCAAGGUGUGGUCCGGUGGCUAGAUGAUCAGCAGGUUCCAUAUGCCACCAAAGGAGCGGAGUGGCUGGGAUAUGACAACAAGGACAGCUUCAAGAGCAAAGUAGAGUACCUCAAAACCAACAACUAUGGAGGAGCGUUCGUUUGGGCUCUUGAUCUAGAUGAUUUCUCAGGACAGUUCUGCAAUCAGGGGAAAUACCCUCUGAUGAGCCACCUCCACGCUCUUCUGAGUUCAGAUGGGCCACUUCCCGUUCCCACUGCAGCGAUAACAGUCCCGACUUCAGAGCCACACGUCACUCACAGCAGCACCACCGCUAGCCCCGUCGGUAACGCCUCGCUUAAGACUACGGCUGCUGCCACUGCUGCCCCCACCACCACCACCACCACCCCCACCACUACCCCCACAACCAUCCCCACAACCACCACCACCUCCAACGCAACCCCCAAUCCCCCCACCACCACCACCACCCCCAACCCCAACCCCCCCACCACCACCACCUCCGCCCCUGUUCCCAGCACUGCGUUCUGUGCAGGCCAGCCAGACGGCCUCUAUAGCAAUGAUAAUGACGUCAAGUCCUUCUACCAGUGCUCCCAUGGGAUGACUUAUACACACAAGUGUCCUGCCAGCCUUGUCUUCAAGGACAGUUGCAAAUGCUGUAAUUGGGCCUAGGACCUAACAUUGAUAUCUGGCAUUUAAUGUACGCACUUUUUGUAUAUCGCACUUAGUUAUAGUACUUAGUUGUGUAGCAUCUUAUCCUAGCUAUCUUUGUAGUCUACGGGGAAUGGGUUAACUUAGAGAUUUUUUGUGCUCUGCACUUGGUUCUGUGAACAUCCUUACUGUACCGACAGAGAGAUAUUGUAUCACCUUCUUAGCACAAGUAUACUCAUUGUAAGUCGCUUUGGAUAAAAGUGUAAUAACUGAUUUGGCUCGAACUCACUUAUCCAAGUGCAAUAUCUGUUUACUUAUUUAACAAGGAACUACAUAAUAUGUAAAAUUGUGAAGUUUCAAAUGCAAAUUAUGUAAAAUUAUUUGAAGGUUUUGAUGGGGAACACAAUAUUCACUUAUGGUUGAUUGGUGAUUUCUGUGUAAUUCUCCAUUCAAAUAUGUCCCCCCCUUUUAAAAACGGGUCUUAGUCUUUAUUAAAUAUGUUUUCAAAUAAAGAUUUCAAAUACAUUUUUACUUUGAGUUGUACUACUGAAACACUGUUCUAUUGACCCCUUUACCUGCUCUGAUUCAAUAAACAUCAUACUUUAGAAAAAAAACGUGAGACAAGGACACACAGAAACAUGCAAGCUCAAUGUGUUUUAUCCAUGGAAAAUGAAACAGUAGCUUGUACUUUUCAGCUUGUAAUUAAAUAAUACAUUGCAACACACCACCAGCCACACACACAAGGGUGUCUGUUUCAGAAAGCCUGACAUGUAGUCUGUAUCAAAGUCCAUGCACAGAGAUCUUUUCUUUACUGUGAUCUCCUGGCAUUACCUGAAUAUACAACUGCCUGGCUGUCUAUAAAAUAGUAAAACAUUUAAGUAUGAGGCAAUAUAAAAAAACUCAAAGUAUGGAUGUUUUAACCAUGUUCUUAUCAAUAAUAAAUGUGUCAAGUAAAUUCAAUUGUUCAAAAUAAACUGCAAACCAUCCUUUUAAUUGA